CUCGCCCCCGUUGCGUUCGUCGCGCGCCGCUCUUUUCCUUGUCUCGCCUUCCAUGGCUCGCUCGAUUACCUUCUCGCGUCCGUUUGCUGCUUUGCUCUGCUUGAUCGCCCCGCUCUAUAUCCAGACCGCCCACGCCGCCGUCGCGGUCGCUUCUCCCGCCUCCCCGCCUCCCGCAAACGCCAAUGUCGUCUACUCGAACUUCAUGGGCGUCUCGCUCGAGCUCUCCUUCAUCAACUACUACUUUGGCAACUCGACCGACCAGAUACCCCAGCCGGUCGUGAGCUACCUCUCCGCGCUCCAGACCCGUGGGUCCGGGAAGCCCGUGCGCCUGCGGCUUGGGGGCAACUCGAUGGACAGCUCGACCUAUGUCCCUAGCCAGCCCGACAUCAUCGAGUUCACGGAUCCCAACGCGAACUCGAACGACCAACCGGUGAACUACGGCCCUCAGCUGUUUGAUGUGAUGAAGGGCGUCAGCACCGCCGUUGGCGGCGCCCAAUUCCUCAUCGGUCUGAGUUUGCGGACACCGAACAGCACGAACAUCCCACUUCUUGCCGGCGAUGCCGAAACCGCCCUGGGUGACGACCUUGAUGCCUUCCUAUUGGGAAAUGAGCCCGAUUUGUACACCGCACACGGGAACAGGCCGAACCUGCAAAACUACACCACAAACGACUACAUCGGUGAUUACGCAACCGUGUUUGGAGCCCUCCAGGACACGCCAAAGGGAGACGUACUCUCCCAGGACAAAAUUGCGGGGCCGACCAUCUGUUGUUUUUGGGACCUGGCAUCCGUCCUGCAGUCCGGCUGGCUCGACAAGUACGCCGACCGGCUGAAGUACAUCACCCUGCAGCACUACCCGCAGAACAACUGCCAGGGCAAGCCGCAGUACGGCAUCGACUACUAUACCUCGCACGCGAACGCCGUCGGCCUCGCACAGUGGCAGCAGAACGGCCUGGACUACAUCGCGGGCAGCCCGAAUCGCAAGCCAGUGCUCAUGGACGAGUUUAGCUCUGCGUCGUGCGGCGGUGUACCCGGCAUCUCGGACACAUUCGCGGCAUCGCUCUGGGAGGUCGACUACGCGCUGCAGAUGGCGCUGACCGGCUACGCGGGCGCGUACCUGCACACACGGGAGCGCGGUGUCACGUACAACCUGUUCGACCCGCCCGACGCGGUCGCGGGCGGCGCGGGCGCGUGGACGACGAACCCGAGCUUCUACGGGAUGCUGCCCGUCGCGGAGGCGCUGCAGGCUGCGAACGGGAGCCGUGUCGUCGAUCUGAACCUCGCGAAUUCGAUCAAGGACACGAAGGCGACCGCGGCGGGGUACGCGAUCUACGACGGGUCCGCCCCGACUGUCCAUAGCCUCGUCAUGUUUAAUUUCGCGAACGCGUCGGGCGCCAUGUCGGACUACACUAUCGACGCAUCGCUCGUGCCUUCGAACAACACCGACAUCACUAUCCGGUACCUCACAGCGCCGUCCGUGAACGAGAAGACGAACAUCGCGUGGGGUGGGAAGACGUAUGCGGGCGUCGGAGAUGGCGUCGCCGUCGACGCGACGUUCUCUAGCAGCGUGCCGGACAAGACGACCUCGUGCGCGGGCGGCUGUACGAUCCAGGUCCCGGGUCCCGGCCUCGCCGUCGUCUUCCUCGGGGGCGUCCCGACCAUCUCGAAGCCCGCGAACACCUCUCCGAACUCCACCGCGGGCGGCGCGUCGCCGUCAGGCAGUGCCGCUGCGAGCCACACGGGUGGCGCAUCGCGCUCCUCCGUCGUGAGCCUGGGCGCGCUCGCCGCCGUCCUGCUCGCUGCAUGUACCAUGUUGUGAUUUGACUUUUACUUUUGGGACUUCUCGUCGAUACAGACACUCGCUCUCAGUCGCUGUGCUCUAGGGACUACUUGUUGUUAUCGAGAUUUAUAGUACAGUAAAUAUACCAUACCUGCCGCAUGUAUAUUCCGGUCACACUCGGCCUCCGACGCGGUCGGCGGUUCCAUAUGCAUGUGUCGCAUUAAUCGUUAUACCACAAAGUCUUCCGCCUCAU